AUUUAAUAACCCUCUUUCUCUUUGACAUCUUACAGACACAAACGUCGACUGGUUACCCCGCACGCCCUGGCCUCUCCUGACCCCUACGCCAUAACCCUGAAGUGUGAGACGACCUCAGUGUGACUCACCAUCACGUGCCACUCACCCCCGUCUCCGUCCUCCAAGCCCUCGGACAGAGCGGCUCGCACUCUCCUCCAGACCUGCACUUGACACGACAACUCUGAAGCUGUCGUCAUUUCCGGCAAGAUCUCGCGCUCCCACAUCUAUUUUUAAUCUUCCAGCGGAAACUUUCAUGUGGACGUCAUCAUUUGAUUCUUUUAAAGACAAGAAAUUCGUCUAGCUUGGUAUUGCUGUCUACACAAACGGUCAUCAAACAGUCUUUCGUGAGACCUGUCUAUCGUGAAACCUGACACCCAGUGUCGUUAUUAUUACUUGCACAGUCUUAUCAAAAGAAAGAGCCAAGUGGUAUAUUAUUACAGUCCCGAAACACAAUAAAAUAUCAAUAAAGCUGCCAACGUUAAUAUUAAUCUAGAAGACAGUCUAUUGGAGGAAAAGAAAGAUAACAGCAGCCUUCGUACCAAAGGAAAUCUAGAAAGUCUCCCGUUCCCAGCUUAGCUAGCCGCCAAGGUCGAUAUUUUUCUCUCUCAAGUGGAGCUGUCUAACACAGAGAUCUGAUAUUCCGCGCCCCUCUCGAGCCAAUUACCUCCCGUGGCCGUUCACGCUACGUCAGUCAGGCUUCUCCAAGCAGCGCAGACGUAUUGACGUCACGACCGUUAUAAUUAUCGUCUGCAGCAAUGAUCACGCACAGCAGACCAGAAGCCGCUGUGUACGGCGUUAGUGACGAGAGCAUCGUCCGACCGGGGAGAGGUCUGUCUCUCUCAAGGACAACUCUGCUACAUCUGGACCAAGACGAGUUAUCCUCCCUCAGGGGAGAUAAUCAGUACGAUGAGAUCGACCUCGUCUCGGAGUGCUCUACCCCUUGCGCCUACAGUCCCGGUCGUUUCCUGCAGCUCUGUGACGUCAGAGAUGACGCAGACCUGAAGGAUGACGUCACCAUCUGGCCGGUGUCCUUGGGCCCGUCUCUGGGUGAUGGCCACACAACCAGGCUGUUGGCUGACCAGUGCAAGAUCUCUGUCUCAGAGACGUUCCUACACUCCAAGCCCAUGCACCCAGCCCGCCGCCCCACUCUCCGGUCUCCACGAUUUCUCCUGCCCCUUCUCCUGUGUCUUUUCCUGGCUCUGUCCAUGCUGGGAGUACUGAUGACCAUCAUAUGAUCACCACGGCUUGAUCUGUAUAGUGGACUGGAGGCUGAAACCUACUGAUUCUUCAUACAAUGACCUACGCUCUACGCUAAAUGAUCUCGGAGUGUAGAGCAUUGAUUCAGGAAGUCAGUUUAACACACAUAUAAAACAUUUUACCCACAACUCAAGAAAUGCAACUGACGAUCCAUAAAGAGUAUGGCCCAUGACCAGUUACAAUCUAAACUCUGACUUUUUGGAUGAGCCAUCAGUAGUCAGCAAAGUAUACGC